AUGCCUCAGAUUAAUCCUUUGACGAAGAUCAUUGGAUUGUCCAGUGUGCUGGCUGCCGGAUUCCUUUUAAUAGUGCUAGCGGGUGCUAUCUAUGGCAAUUGGUUCCCAGUGGUUGCGGUUAUAAUAUUUGGAUUUGCUCAUUUGCCCAUUCUGAUAACACAGCAUUUCGAAAACAACUAUGACGACUUCAUGAGCGAGGCUGCAGGAUAUGCCAUUGACCUAGGAAGGUUUCUGUCUUCAUUCCUGCUCACCACAGGUAUUGCUUUUCCAUUGAUUUUAAACCAUUGUCACAUUUUGACGAAAGUGGCAACCGUACUCACCAUUUCGGGUGGUCUGCUUGUGUAUGGUACUGUGGUGACGUUCGCGUCUUUCUUCGAUGCAGACUCGGAGGAGGCAACGUUUGAGAUAUAA